AUGAGCAAUCUGCCACCGAAAAGAGGAAAAUUGCUCUAUCGGGUUUUAUUUUAUAAUUUAUACUUUCAUCCCUUGAGAAAAUAUCCCGGUCCUUUCCUCUGGAUUGCUUUCCCAUGGCUGAAAAAUAUAUCUCUAAUCCGCGGGAAAGCGGACCACGCUCUUGUCGCAUUCCACGAACGAUUUGGGCCUGUUGUUAGAACUGCCCCUAACAUUUUGAGUUUCACUUCUCUGACUGCAUGGAGGGAUAUAUAUGGGACUGGUCAUGCUGAACUACCAAAGCAUAUUUUCAAGGGCAGCGGGAUGGAGGAGCGCCCUAACAUAAUUACUGCAAAUGCUCGGGACCAUCAUCGCUUCCGCCGAGCUCUACUACCGGCUUUUUCAAAUGACGCUCUGGCACGCCAAGAACCUUUGGUCAACGGUUAUGUUGAGCAGCUCAUAAAUCAACUACGUGGAAUCGCCGAAUCUGACAACUCUAUUGCUGAUAUCUCUAAAUGGUACACAAUGACGACAUUUGAUAUCUUUGGAGAGCUUGCGUACGGCGAAUCAUUUAAUGGGCUAGCGACAGGGAAAGUUCACCCAUGGAUCAGAGCUCUAAGUGACAUGAAGUCUCUGGUUCCCUUGCUUGUAUUCCCGAGCAUCUCGUGGAUUUUGGUCCUACUCUUGACUACAGCUGAGCAGCGAGGCUCUCUGGCAGAACACCAGCAACGUUCUAUGGAGCUCACAUAUAAGCGCAUCAAGAAUAAAGAGAUUCAAGAGCGUGGAGAUAUCAUGACUUUUGUCCUACGCGAACACGGGGAGGAUCAGGGCCUAACCGAUUAUGAAAUGGCAUGUAACGCCGAUAUCAUCAUCAGUGCAGGCUCUGAGACUACUGGAACAGCUAUGACCGGAAUCACCUACUAUAUGCUUCGAAAUCCAGAAAAGUUAGCCAAGUGCGUUGAUGAGAUACGCAGUGCUUUCGAAACAGAAGAAUCAAUCAAUUUCAAGGAGACUACAGCCAAGUUACCUUACUUAACAGCUUGUAUCGAAGAAGGAUUGCGCUUAUUUCCCCCUGUCCCGACUGGUCUGUUGCGUGAAACUCUACCAGGAAGACCUACGCUUAUUGAUGGCCACUUGAUCCCAGAAAGGACUGUCGUAGCAGUGCACCAUCUGGCCACCUAUCAUUCUGAGUCAAACUUUCACGAUGCAAAAAGUUUCCUACCGGAGCGUUGGUUGCCAGAAAUACACUCAGAGCCGACUUCUCCCUUCUACAAGGACAAUCGAAGCUGCCUGAAACCAUUCAGCUACGGCCCACGCAAUUGUAUCGGUCGUAACUUAGCUUAUCAUGAGAUCAGGCUCAUCUUGUCCAGGGUGCUAUGGAAUUUUGACCUCUCUCUAAAGCCCGGUUUCGAAGACUGGGCCAUUGGUCAACGCUCUUACCAAUUGUGGGAGAAGCCAAGUCUUAUGGUGGAUGUGAAGAUGCGUACGGUAUAAUCGGUUAACAUUUCAAGAAUACUAGUAAUUUUUUGUUUUAUUUACAUAUGUAUCUUGUUGCCUUGAUACGAUUUUACAUGCCAGUAGACGUCAACACUUGACCCAGUAUCUUGAGGAACGGGCGAUUAUAUAAAAUAGGCAUAAUACAACAUUGCACAAUUCAGUACGCUUUAUGC